UUCAUUCAAAAGCUUUGGCAGGCGGUCGAAGCCGGCGUUUGAGUUCGUUUGAUGUUGCGCGCUUGAAUAUUUAAUUUGUCAUCAUGCGUUGGUUAUUAUAUUUUGGUAUUGUAUUAAUUCUAUUUAGUGGCAUAUGCACAGCAGAAGAAGAUGCUGAUGAGCCAAAAGUUGAUCAAGAUAUUGGAAGUAGUCGAGAAGGUUCUCGAACAGAUGAUGAAGUUGUUGCAAGAGAAGAAGAAGCCAUCAAAAUUGAUGGCUUAAAUGUGGCCCAAGUCAAGGAACUGAGAGAAAAAGCGGAAAAAUUUACUUUCCAAGCUGAAGUAAAUCGUAUGAUGAAACUUAUCAUUAACUCUCUGUAUCGAAAUAAGGAAAUUUUCUUGCGUGAACUCAUAUCUAAUGCAUCCGAUGCUCUUGACAAAAUAAGGGUCCUAUCCCUUACUGACAAAUCUGCACUGGAAGCUACUAGCGAUCUCUUAAUAAGAAUCAAGAGUGAUAAAGAGAAUAAUGCUCUUCAUAUUACCGACACUGGCAUUGGUAUGACGAAAAAUGAGCUUAUUACAAACUUGGGUACAAUAGCAAAGUCAGGAACUUCAGAUUUCUUGCAAAAAGUUGCUGAAACAAGCAGUGCUACUGAAUUAUCUGAUAUGAUCGGACAGUUUGGGGUAGGGUUUUAUUCUUCAUUCCUUGUGGCUGACAGGGUAGUUGUUACAACAAAGAGUAACGAUGAUGUGCAGCAGAUAUGGGAAUCUGAUGCUAACUCUUUUAACAUAGUCGAAGAUCCCAGGGGCGAUACGCUUCUCAGAGGUACCACCAUAAGUUUGUACUUGAAGGAGGAAGCUCGUGAUUUUCUUGAAGUUGACACUCUGCGUAAUUUAAUUAAAAAGUACAGCCAGUUUAUUAAUUUCCCAAUAUACUUGUGGUCUAGUAAAACCGAAACAGUUGAGGAACCAGUUGAAGAAUCGGAGGCGGAAGAAAAGCCAGAAACUCCCUUGGAGGAAGAAGAGGAUGCCAAGGUUGAAGAAGAAAAAGAAGACAAACCUAAAACAAAAAAAGUUGAAAAAACUGUCUGGGAUUGGGAGCUUAUCAAUGUUUCAAAACCCAUCUGGACAAGAAAACCUGCUGAUAUAACAGACAAUGAAUACAAUGAGUUCUAUAAGUCUAUAACUAAAGAUUCCAUGGAUCCAUUGGCAAAAACUCAUUUUGUUGCAGAAGGAGAAGUAACAUUCAAGUCGCUCUUAUUCAUUCCUGCUGUUCAACCAUCAGAAUCCUUCAAUAGAUAUGGAUCAAAAGUAGAUCAUAUUAAAUUGUAUGUCCGUCGUGUGUUUAUAACAGAUGACUUCCAGGACAUGAUGCCUAGUUAUUUAAGUUUUAUCAGAGGUGUUGUCGAUUCUGACGAUUUGCCUUUAAAUGUUUCAAGAGAAACUUUGCAGCAGCAUAAACUCCUAAAAGUAAUAAAGAAAAAACUGGUGAGAAAAACUUUAGAUAUGAUUAAGAAAAUUCCAAAGGAAGAGUAUGAAAAAUUUUGGAAAGAGUAUAGUACAAAUAUAAAGCUUGGUACUAUUGAAGAUCCGAGUAACAGAACUAGGCUUGCAAAAUUGAUCAGAUUUGUGUCUUCCCAUGACACAAAGAACUGGACCUCACUCUCAGAAUAUGUCGGCAGAAUGAAAGAGAAGCAAGAAUACAUUUAUUAUAUGGCAGGUGCAUCAUUGGAAGAGGUUGAAAUGUCUCCAUUUGUUGAGCGUCUUCUUAAAAAAGGUUAUGAAGUUUUAUACUUGACUGAACCAGUAGAUGAAUAUGCUGUAUCUGCUCUUCCAGAGUUUGAAGGGAAAAAGUUCCAAAAUGUUGCAAAAGAUGGCCUGAAAUUAGAUGAAAGUGAAAAAGGAAAAGAACGACAAGAAGCGUUGAACAAAGAAUUUGAACCAUUAACAAAAUGGUUAGAAGAGGAUGUCUUAAAAGAUAGAAUCACAAAAGCUACCAUUUCACAACGUUUACAUUCAUCCCCAUGUGCAUUGGUUGCUAGCCAGUUUGGGUGGACUGGAAAUAUGGAAAGAUUAGCAAGAAGUAACGCUCACACUAAACUUCAAGACACAACCCGGGAAUAUUAUCUCAGUCAAAAGAAAACUUUGGAAAUAAAUCCAAGACAUCCAUUGAUGAAGGAGUUGUUAAGAAGGGUCCAAUCUGAUAAGUCGGAUGAAACAGCUAAAAACAUGGCUAAUCUGAUGUUCGAAACUGCAACCCUUAGGUCAGGUUUCAUGCUGUCAGAUACUUCCAGCUUUGUGCAAAGAGUAGAAGUUUUGUUGCGUAAAACUUUAGGUGUUCCUGAGGAAGCGCAAGUUGAUGAGGAACCGGAAAUCAGUGAAGAGGUAGAUGAAGAAUCCGAUCAAACAGAAGAAGUCUCUGAAGAUGACCAGUCUGAAGAACACGAAGAGCAUGAUGAACUAUGAGCCUUACUUUAGUCAGUUUUGUGUACAAAAAUGAACUUAAAAAAGGACUGCUUCUUUUCAUUAUUUCAUUAGAUCAUUACUUAUUUUUACUAUUUAUACUGGCUGUAUGCAUUCAAUGACCAUGUAACAUUCGCUCCUUCCAUAUUUAUGUCACAAACAUAGUUAGAAAUGAAAAUUUGGUCUUGAUCUGGUCAUUUUUGUUAUCUUGCCGUGCAAGUUUGUUUUUUAUGAGAAAUAAAUUUUCUCUUUCUGAAA